AUGAGGAGCAGCCUCCAGAAGCGGCGCAUGUCUGCAGCCGCGGAUGCCAUCCACCUCCUGCCGGAGCAGCUGAUCAACGUGGUGCAGACCAAGGCGGAGAGCCUCGCCGACAGCGUGAAGAUCGACCUGUCCCUGGUGCAGAAGGCCAUCCGCCGCAGCGGCGGGGACGGCGACGCCGUCGACGUGGCCAUCGACCAGCUGGACAAGAUCCCAGGGAUCAUCAGGAGCUCCUUCGACUCGAAGAUCGUGGAUGCGAACGAGGCGAUACGGACGAAGCUGAGUGCCAUCAUGCAGAAGUUCAAGGGCCGUGCCCCUGAGAGUCAAGAAGUGGUGACGCAGCUGUGGACCAUCCCAGAGGAGCUCGAGCAGAUCACCUGGGAGGCGGUUGACAAGGCCGUGCAAGAGUCCCAGCGCGAGGCGGCUAGUUGUUGCGACCGCGUCUUGCGGAGCUUGCCAGAGGACGCGGGAUCAAGCCGCCGGGCGCUGAAAGACGCCAAAUCUCAGAUCGUGGAGUCGAUGCCAGAGAUGUACUCCGCGACGAUGCGGGCCUUGAGGAGCACGACCAACGCGAACGUCAAGCACGCCGUUGCUUACGUGGACGACCCCAAGGACGUGCCUGUCACGAACCACUUAGUCGCAGACGUGCUUCUGAGGGCGAAGAUGGGCCCCCUGCCGCACACGAACGGCGCGUCCCUGUACCAGCCUAGCCACUGCGCGGCUAGCUUGCUGGACUGCGUGAACGACGCCGGGGGCGACGGCUUUCUGGCGAACCACCGCAGCCAGUGGCAGGCCGGCCUCGCCUGCAGCGCCGCGUGCACCCGCCCGUCCAAUCCCGGGAGCCUGGGCCACCCCGAGAUGUGCGUCCGGCCGUGCCUCUACUUCUCGGGCCGGUGCGCGAGCGGCGACGCGUGCAAGUUCUGCCACUGCCCGCACCCGACUCGGCCCGUGCACCUCGGGAGGUCGCACAGGAGAAGGCUCUGGAGGCGACGACCGCGGCGGAGUGCUUCGGCAUCUUGCUGCCCGUCCUCGAGAGGAAGAUGCUCGCGCUGGGCCUGGCCACCGACGCGCUCCGGCUGCUGGCGGAGCAGCCGUGCGCCCGGCCGGGCGGGGCCCCCGCUGACGCCGGGGGCCAGGUCAAGGCCCGGGACCUGCGGACCCUGGAGAAGGCCUUCGGAGCCCUGUCCAUGCGGUCGCUGCUGGUGGUGCUGCAGAGGAAGGUCGGGACGCAGCGUUCGCGCGAGAAGGCCCUGCUGGACUCGCUGA